CUUGACCUUUGCAAAUCAGCUAAGCGCAGUCACCUUGCAACUUAUUCUAGAGCUUAAAAAAGAGAGAAAAUGAAGACUCUUACUUUUGUAGCAUUCCUAGCCUUAGCUACUUACGUGGCUGGAGAUGGGCUGAAACUGCUCAACUGCACAAAGGAUUGCCAGAAAGCAGAUCCCAAUUCUAUGAUGCCAUUUGUCAUGAGACUGAAGAUUGCAGAGUUUGAGAAAUGUGCCAGGAAGCACGAGUGCCCACUGAAGAAACGAAGCAUAUCCAACAUUGAAUGCUCGAAUGGCCAAGCAGGCGAAUAUGAGUGCGAUAAAGUUGACCUCUUAGCAUUUAUAUCACUCAACGAUUUGGGCUGCAAUGGUGAUGCUAAUGAUAUAUGGGGCUGGACUGAUCCAGAAACUAAGAAGGAAUACGCUAUCAUUGGUUGCUAUGAUGGGACGUCAUUUGUGGAUGUCACUGAACCUACUUCACCACAAGUACUUGGAUUCCUACCAACUUAUACAACAGGAAGCAGCUGGAGAGAUAUAAAGGUUUAUGCCAAUCACGCUUUCAUUGGCAGCGAAGCUUUUGAUCACGGACUACAAGUAUAUGAUCUGCUUGGACUGAGGAACCUAAAGGCAAAAGAUGACGGUAGCGUCAAUGUACUGAAAGAAGAUACUCAUUAUGGUGAAUUUGGUUCAUCUCAUAACAUUGUCAUCAACGAAGAGACUGGAUAUCUUUAUUCUGUUGGCUCCAGGACCUGCACCAGUGGCCUUCAUGUUGUUAACAUCCGUGACCCUCAAAACCCACAAUAUGCCGGAUGCUUUGGACAGGAUGGCUAUGUCCAUGAUGCCCAGUGUGUCGUAUACAAAGGCGUAGACGCACGAUACAAUGGAAAGGAGAUCUGUUUCUGCUACAACGAAAACACGCUAACAAUCGUUGAUGUAGAAGACAAAAACGAUAUGAAAAUGCUGGGAAGGAUGUCUUACGAAGGAUACCGCUACACUCACCAAGGGUGGCUCAAUGAGAAGCAAACAAGGCUUCUUUUGGAUGACGAACUGGACGAGUUGUAUGGUUCUAAUCCACACACACGUACUAUGAUCUGGAAUGUUGAGGACCUGACAAAUCCAGUCCUGCAGGGUAGCUUUUAUUCUAGCCAACAAGCCACCGAUCACAAUCUUUACAUCAAGGGCAACCUUGCCUACCAAUCAAACUACUGUGCUGGUCUCCGCAUACUUGAUGUCUCAAACAUUGAAGGAGGAGAGCUCACGGAAGUUGGAUACUUUGAUGUAGCCCCAGACUGCAGUGCCCCUGGUUUCUCAGGCUCCUGGUCAAACUAUCCCUACUUCACAAGUGGCACGAUCAUCGCCAGCAGCAUCGAGAGGGGUCUCUUUGUCCUUAAGUACACUGGCCAGAAAUAAACAACUUGCUAAAGCUCUCGCUGAUAUAACUAGCUUGGUGUAGUUUUUAAAUGCUGAUUGCUGUGUGCAAACUUUUUAUUAUUUUUUUAAAAUAAUAAUAUGCUGGUUUUACUUGUAUAGCUAAAUGUGUUCCUUUUUAUUCUUAAUUAAAAAAAUUAAUUUUA